AUGGAGCCAAUUAGACUACCACUGAAGCGACACAAGACUGAAAACAGGGAAGAGCGUGUGGAAGAGGUCGAAAGAAUAGAUCUGAGGAGGUUCGUGGGUAUGUUCAUCAACCAGGCGUUGAAGGAGAUGAAGGAGGCAUUAGGGAAGUUCUACUCGAUUUCGGAGACGGUAUGCAGAAGAGACCUGGGUUUAUUUUUCAAGCAAAAGGCUGCAGACUUUGAAUGCUUAUUUCUGCUUAUAAGUGGGGUGGAGUGCUUGAAGGAGGCCAGUUCAAACAGGCAUAGGAUCAGAAAGAUCAAGGAAGUGGAUGCGGAAUACGUGUUGAUUGCAGACAGGCUUGCACACCUGUUUGAGUCCUUCAAGUCUAUGAUUAUACCCAAGGGUGAUGUCCUUACCUCCCUCCAAACUGUGUAUGAUCCUGGAUAUCUACUUCCGAGGCUUACAGAGGACAAUGACAAGCGCGAGGUGACGAAUUUCGAGGAGAUCAACAGGAUCACCAGGAUGUAUCUGAACAAGGAGGAUCUGUCUGUGUAUAGCAGUGUUGUGAUUGACCAAGGGAUUGCUAUUUUGUCGACCAGGUUUUUUUCGUUUAGCCUUGCUCUAUGCGGGGAGAUAUCAAGGCCAGAAUGGAAGCUGAUAAAUGUUAGGGGAUCUAACGAGGUCUUUAGCAAACAUCUGCUGUUUGCCAUGCCCCACAGAAUAGACAAGAUAUCAAGGUUUCUGCGGAUUUACGAGACACACACUAAGGCAAGAGAGAUAUUCUUGAUGGUGAAGAGAUCCUCGGAGUACAUAGAAAUGGACAUAAAGGGGCACUAUAGAAGAUUUGAGGUCUCUUUCCAUGUGUUCAAGAUGAGUGUGAGUGUGGGGCACUCUGGAAUUAGUGGGAAGAUGUUCAUAGAGGAGGAUGUACUUCCUUCUGGGGAGGAUGUAGUAGAGUCGUUUGAGAAUAAGGUUUCUGAGUAUCUCAGAAGAGAUGGAAGAGAUGCGUCGUUUAGCUUCAAGAAGGGAUUCAUGGCCUAUGAGGGAGAGGAGGUCCGGUCCUUCAAAAGCUUUGUGGAUUUGGAUGCGUUUCUGGAGAGGAAGGAAGAAAACUCCCGGUUCUACAAGUUUUUCGAGGAAAGGUUUCCCUGCUAUAGAAAUCAUAGGAAGGGCAUCUUUGGAGACAGGAAUGUUUUUAUCAUGCAAGGAGGACUUUUUGUCUGUGUCCGGUUAAUGAGACUUGGAGAGAAUCACAUGGAGGUCAAGGUAUUUGUUGGAUGCUGUGACCUUGUGGAUUUUCUAAGCUACACGGAGGUUAGUAUAGAGGAAAGAGAUGGUGGAGAGGUUGUAGGGAUCAUGAACGAAAAGGUGAAGAAGCAAUCGAGCAUUAAGAUAGAUUAUCUACACGAAUACUUCGAGAGAAACAUGGAUCUUUUGUUUCUUUCAUACAGGUUCCUUUCCGUAGUCAAUGGAAGGAUUAGUAUUGGAGGAAGAAUCCUUCUGAGCCACAGAAUGAAGAGCAAGGAGAUCGGUGUUUGCAUAGAAAGGAAAGAAAACAUGUUUAUGAUUGGGAAUGCGCAACUUGGAGAAAGAAUGAUCUCCAGGGAGGGUAUGUACAACUGUGUUUCUUUCGCUUUGCUUCUGAUCGAAAUCCUCACAUACUCAAAAGAUUCUGACCUGGUGGAUGUAGUUUCGAUUGACCUUUGCAAGGGAGUGUCGCUGAGGAUUUCGGGACUUCUUGUUACUCUCGGGAUGAACUCUGAAGGGCUUCUCGAGUCAAGCCCAUUGGGAAUCGGCCAUGCACUGGAGAGCUGUUCUAUUUCGAGAGCUAUGGACUUUUUACUCAGCUUCCAUGGGCUCCUUUCCAGUGGGCUUGUCCCCACGACCUCCACCUCCACAAGCCUUGUCUUUGUAUUUAAACAUCUGUUCAAAGGAUAUGUGAAAAUGAAGGCGAUUGACAGGACUCGAUGCUCUCUCUCUCUAAGCGGCGGAAUGAUAAAAGAUGCGCUUGAAGAGUUUGGGCCCGAGAUACUCACAUCAGACACUGCUUUUCUUCGUAAAUUGUCUGGAUUCUACUUCGAGGAGAGACUUAGCAUGAUAGCUGACAUAGCCAAGAGAAGUUACAAUGUGACUGCCAAUGGCAAUGAAGUGAGUAUCUCAACACCUUGCGGAGAUUUCAAGGUCUCCAUCGAAGGUUGUAGAUACAUGUUUCAAAUUUGCUCCAUCAAUAUGGUAGAGCCAAGCAAUGAGUUCAUACAAGCCAUUAGCGAAUACUUUGAGGAGAUCAUGAGCACGGAAAAAUACAUUCCCGAUGCCAUGCGUCUCUUGAGAAGCACAGAGGAGCUCCAAGGGCUGUUUGAAGGCAUUAAGGCGAAGAAAAAAAACUAG